AUGUUUAUCAACAUAUGUAGUCUGGCAAAAACAAAAAAUCGAGUACGAGCUGUAGUUGCACUGGAGGCAGACUUGGUCAAUAACGAUAUAGAUGUAUGUGUGGUGAGCGAGAGUCACCUGAAACCUGAAAUGCCAGAUGCUGUGGUGACCAUUCACAAUUAUUCAAUAUUUAGAAGAGAUAGAAGUUGGGAAGGACGCGAUAUGAGAGCAAAAGGAGGGGUAGCAAUAUAUGUUCGGAACAACUUAAAAGUUAUUGAUAUUUAUCGAUCCAGUUUGUACGAACUUAUUGGUAUCACACUUCUGUUACCUACAGGAAACCGCAUGUCGAUAUAUGGCCUUUAUCACCCACCUAGGCACAAUUAUCUGGAGAGCGACUUAUUGGAUUAUUUGAUAAAUAUUUCUGACGACGUUCUGGACAAAUAUCCAGACACUGUAAUUGUUUGUGGAGGGGAUUUGAACAGUUUGGACAUAAAACACCUUGAGGAACUAUCAGGAUGGGAUGCAAUGGUCGACUUUUCAACAAGGGGUAACACAUGUUUGGAUAACUGCCUUACAAAUAGAAUAGAUUUGUUCUCAAAAUGUUAUCCUUUCCACAUGUUAACUAAAACAGACCACAUGGGGGUUAUUUUACCAGCAGGGACGAAACUAAAACCUAUGCGCCGAAAGGGUGAAUUUCGGGAUUGUAGAAAGCAUCGAAAGGAAGAUUUCCACAAAGCUUUAGCAGAAGAAGAUUGGGAGGAUGUAUCGCAGUCCACGAAUGUAAAUGACUCUGUGAAUUGUCUUGAACGUAAGAUCAAGGAUCAUAUGAAUAAAUGUAUGCCCACAAAAACAGUCUCAAUUUCGUCACGUGACCCUUACUGGAUGAGUCCUUUAAUUAAAUCUUUGCUAAAAUCUAAAUCCAGAAUUGCUCGGUCGCAAAAGGAUAGACUCAGUUUAAUUAACAAAAGGAUUUCUGAUGUCAUUUGUCAAAACAGAAGAAAUUUUAGGGCCUUGGUGGGAAGUAGAACUUGGUGGAGGAAGACGAAUGAUAUUUCUCAGCGAAAUGCAUCGUCAUCAAGAGUUACUUUAGAUAAUGCAUCACUUACAAGAUUAAAUCGCUACUUUGGCGAACUCUGCCACGAUGAUAGUUAUGUCGAACCGACGCUAUCAAUUAUUGGUGAUGAAGUAGAUAUUCCUAGCUUUACGGAACAGCAGGUAUGGAAUGCCUUGAAAAGAAUAAAGAGGACAGCAACAGGUCCCGAUUAUAUUCCCUAUUGGGUUUGGAAUGAUCAUGCGGAAAUUCUAACCAAAGUUAUAACUAACGUCUGGAAUUUGUCCCUUUCAUCACAUACUUGGCCAGAUUCAUGGAAAAGAGCGAAUAUUAACCCUCUUGCAAAGGUUGAUUUACCAAAGGAAGAUGGUGACUUUCGUGGAAUAAAUAUUACACCUGUAAUUGCGAGGACCUUCGAAAAGCUCGUUUAUAAUAGUCAGGUCAAGUCGACAGUUGAGGAAAUUUUAUCCCCAACGCAAUUUGCGUACAGGCAGGGGAGGAGUUGUACAAACGCUCUGUUAACUAUUCAGAACAAAGUACUCAGCUUCUUAGAUAGAGCGAAUUGCAAAGCAGUUAGACUGUUUUCUAUGGAUUUUAGCAAGGCUUUCGACUCAGUGAAACAUUCACUCCUCUCGGAAAAGUUAAAAACUGUGCCACUCAACCCUUAUAUCAUAAAUUGGUAUUUAAAUUUUCUAAAGAAUAGAAAGCAAAGAGUCGUUUGUAACGAUUUUUGCGGAGAAUGGAUGGAUGUUAAUAAGGGUACAACACAGGGGAGCGUAAGUGGCCCCUACCUUUUUAAUAUUUUCCUAAAUGAUCUAGAGGUGGACAUAGACGGCGAGAACGCUCUUUUUAAAUAUGCGGACGAUUCAAAUAUAAUAGUGCCAGUUUGGAGUGAGGGUCCUGAUACAUCAACAGAUACAGUUGGACAAUUCCUGAGCUGGUCUGACGAUAAUUUUAUGACUUGUAACCCUGGUAAAUGUAAAGAGCUUAUCAUCCGGAAGAAGGGAUAUAAUGAUCAACUCGACAAUGUUUAUAAUAUACCCCAAUGCAAAGAACUUCCCAUUUUAGGUACUAUUUUUCAAGACAAUCUCAAGUUCACCAGUCAUGUGCGAGGUAAAUUGGUCAAAGCAAACAAAUGCUUGUACGUUAUACGAACACUCAGGGCAGAAGGCAUAGCCAAUGUGAGAUAG